AUGACGAGUGCGAAAGCAAAUCAGGGCAGUUCGUCUGAAGUUAUAAGUAAAGUGACAACCAUGAAUCCCAACACUAGUAAAAUUUCUCGCUCAGCAGAACAAUUUACCAGAAAAAUUCCUGCGUCUUUUAUUGGUAGUUUUCUGGAAAGCCUUCACCCUCAUUUUGCCGUUGGCGUUUUCCGCAGUUUGGAAGUGGCGUACCCAACCAUAGCGCCACAGAAUUUAGUGGCUGUGGCGUGA